GGGCGCAUCUCUAUUCUCUACUACACGAGGCUCUAUGGUAGGACGCCGCGCCGUCCUCCGGCUCGUUUUUCGAAACGUGCGGCCCUCCGCUGCGCAAGAGUCUUUCCUCCUGGAGCCAGCAGGGGUCGCUGGCGGCCUGUGUGCGCAGCCCGAUGCGCCGCGAGAGAAAUGUUCCCUGUGGCGCAAUAGAUCAGCGCGUUUCGGUAGUUCAUCAGUAGGUUGCGGGUUCGAGCCCAAGGAUGGCUAAGGGGAAAAGUUGGACGAAGAUGAUCCUUCCAGUAAUACAAUUCCCCUCAGGGCAGGGAUUUCCCCAUAUGCAUUUAGCAGUUCGUAUUUUUAUCUUUUAUUUUUAUCCAUCAGCCACCUUGAGACAGGCCAGAGGAAAGGCGAGAAUCUGCUAUAUCUAUGGGGCCUAUGGCGCAUGGAUUUCACUUCUCUAUACAGUGGUACCUCAGUUUACAGACGCUUCAGGUUACAGAUUCCACUAACCCAGAAAUAGUACCUCGGGUUACAAAAUUUGCUUCAGGAUGAGAAGAAAAAUCGUGCGGCGGCCGCAGGAGGCCCCAUUAGCUAAAGUGGUACCUCAGGUUAAGAACAGUUUCAGGUUAAGUUCUUAACCCGAGGUAUCACUGUACAUGCAAUUUACAUAACUAUGGAGACUUUUCUCUGUGUGUAGCAGAGGUGAGGAAACACAGAGUAUGUAAGAAUGCAAAGACACAGAGUAAGUUUGAUGACACACUAUAGAGAUGGAGAAUUUGACACAGGACUGCCAAGAUGGCACCAUCCCUAAGAUGUUGUUGGGGCUACAGUUCUGUUGCCUAUUUGGUGUGACAGGUCACAAUUGUGCCAAUCUGGAUGCCUCUUGACUUAUUUGUCACUCAGCUUGGCACAAAGGUUCCAGAAGUGGAGGUGGUGGUCUUCGUCUAUGUUUGGACAUUGGGCGCCAUUUUGAAUCAAGAUGGCAUACUGAAAUUUGACUUCGGUGUGACAGUUACAAACAAGGCUGCAGAAGGUGGGGGGGGUGUUCCACCUACGCUUGGUUGCCAGCAGAUGCACUGAGCAUCAGUGUGUGUGUGUGUGUGUGCGUGCACGCACAGCCCCUCCACUCACAAAUUACACUACCCAUUUAAAAAUCACAGAUUUUGGGGUUUCUUGGAAUUCCCAGGUAGCACCAGGCACUUUCUGCUAGUCUAAUAUAGUCUCUAGAUGAAAGUCUCUGAUCGCCGAAGAAUUGAUGCUUUUGAAUUAUGGUGCUGGAGGAGACUCUUGAGAGUCCUAUGGACUGCAAGAAAAUCAAACCUAUCCAUUCUUAAGGAAAUCAGCCCUGAGUGCUCCCUGGAAGGACAGAUUGUGAAGCUGAGGCUCCAAUACUUUGGCCACCUCAUGAGAAGAGAAGAAUCUUUGGAAAAGACCCUGAUGUUGGGAAAGAUUGAGGGCACUAGGAGAAGGGGACGACAGAGGACAAGAUGGUUGGACAGUGUUCUCGAAGCUACGAGCAUGAGUUUGACCAAGCUGCGGGAGGCAGUGCGGGACAGGAGUGCCUGGCGUGCUAUGGUCCAUGGGGUCACGAGGAGUCGGACACGACUAAACGACUAAACAACAACAGAUGCAUAUCUACUAUAGGUUUUGGAAAGCUUUUUGUUUGUUCGCUAAGCAUUUGGACACCUCUUAAAGAGAUGGUAACCAAAGUUUGCAUCAUGAUUCCUGAGAUCAAGGAGCAGAUUUUAAUCUGUGUCAAAUAGAUGCCGUUUUGAGUCACAAUGACGGUCUGAACCUUUCAGGGUGCUCUGAUUUUAACCACUGAUUUCAAAACAUAUUUUUGGGGUGUUUCAUGAGCAAUGCCGGGUUCGAGGCUGUUAGCGAAUGAUAUGCUAUAAAUUUAUUAGUGCUGUUCUGAAAACCUUAAUUCACAUGCUUCAGUAGUGUUUCCCCCUAAUUACUUCUGUAACUAAGUGAAAGUAAUGACACCCCCCCCCCACUUUACCUACAGAUGAAUCUGAUGCCGUCUCCAAUACAUGCAUCUGCUUUUGCCAAAAAAAAAAUCCAGGCAGGAUAGCUUAACAAAUCACCUCUUUGGCAGGUUUUAGGCUAGCUCUCAUUUUCAUCUACACCCAGGUGCCUGAGGGGAAAACACUUUUCUUUCUUUUAGCUCUAUCUGAGACUUAAGACUUUCCUUCCCUGCCUUCAUUUUGCUGUACCUGUUUCUGCAAUCGCUUAUAAUUCAAAGACCAGGUCCCACCACCACCGACGUUCAGGCAAAGGGGGACGUCACAAGGACAACGGUCUAGAUCUGAAAGAUGCCCACCAAGAAAUGGCUUCCGCUGACCGUCCUUUUCAAACUCUGCCUGCUGACAGACUUCCUGCUCAGCCAGAAUCCCUGUGGAAAUGGUUUCUGUCGCCAGCCUGUCGGAGACCUGCUUGUGGGUCGUGGCGGCAGCCUAACAGCUUCAUCCACAUGCGGACUGUUUGAGCCUCAAAAAUACUGCAUUAUCGGCUACCUGGAGGAUGAGCAGAAAUGUUUCACCUGUGAUUCCAGAUACCCGUAUAAUCCAGUCUUCCAGGCUGAGAGUCACUUAAUUGAAAAUGUUAUCACAACUUUUGAGCCAGAUCGAAAGAAGUGGUGGCAGUCUGAAAAUGGUGUUGACCAUGUCAGCAUUAGGCUGGAUUUAGAAAAUCUGUUUCAGUUCAGCCACCUUAUCCUGACCUUCAAGACAUUUCGACCUGCAGCAAUGUUGGUGGAGCGCUCCACAGAUUAUGGUCAAACCUGGAAAGUAUUUCGAUAUUUUGCGCAAAACUGUGCUACUUCUUUCCCCGAUAUUCCUUCGAGGCCAGCCACAACUGUUGGAGAUGUCGUUUGUGACUCAAGAUAUUCAGAUAUUGAGCCCUCCACUGAAGGGGAGGUUGUUUUUAAAGCUCUGGAUCCCAGCUUUGAAAUAGAAGAUCCCUACGCCCCCUACAUCCAAGAGCUCACUACCUUAACAAAUCUGAGAAUAAACUUUACUAAGCUUCACACGCUUGGCGAUACUUUACUCGGACAAAAGCGGCGUGAUCCUCUGGAAAAAUACUACUAUGCGCUUUACGAGAUGAUUGUUCGCGGAAGCUGUUUUUGCAAUGGUCAUGCCAGCUAUUGUGGGCCUGUGCAAAAUCUGAGGGGUGAUGUUUUCCAUGAGCCUGGAAUGGUCCAUGGGAGCUGCCUCUGCGAGCACAACACAGAUGGCUUAUCCUGUGAGAGGUGCAAAGAUUUCUACAAUGAUGCUCCCUGGAGGCCAGCAGAAGGGUCGCAGGAAAACGCUUGCCAAAAGUGUGAGUGCAAUGGUCAUUCUGAAAAAUGCCACUUUGAUAUGGCUGUGUACCUUUCUAAUAACCGCAUCAGUGGUGGGGUAUGCGAAGCUUGUCAGCAUAAUACCAUGGGGCACCACUGUGAUCGCUGCAAGCUUUUCUUUUAUCAAGACCCACAGAGGACAAUUUCGGACCCUCAUGCAUGUAUCCCUUGUGAAUGUGACCCUGAAGGUACAUUGUACAGUGGGCUGUGCGAGGAUCGUACAGACCCAUUUCUUGGAACCAUUGCCAGCCGAUGCCACUGCAAGGAAAACGUUGAAGGAGUUCAUUGUGACAAGUGCAAGCCAAACUACUAUGGGCUGAGUGGAAGUGAUCCUCUUGGCUGUCAGCCCUGCAACUGCAACCCUUCAGGAAGCUUGUCUUUCUCUGCUUGCAACCCAGUGACUGGAGAGUGUCUGUGCCAGCGGUUUGCCAGUGGGCGACAUUGCGAGGAAUGCCCUCAAGGAUACUGGGGCCUUGGGAGCAAUCUACACGGAUGUUCUCCCUGUGGCUGUGACAUUGGUGGUGCCCACAAUAACUUGUGCACACCUACUAAUGGCCAGUGUGAGUGCCUUCCGAACAUUGUGGGCCGUCAGUGUUCUGAGCCAGCCCCAGGCCACUUCUUCUUACCUUUGGACUAUUAUAUAUAUGAAGCAGAAGACUCGAUGCCACUCCCAGGAUCUUCACCUUUGGUUCAGCCCACAGCUUUACCAUGGUGUGAUGUCUAUUUUCGGCAACAAGGUUAUGAUUUCAAAAUUGAAAAUGGAAAGAUCGUAUUGAACAGAAACAAGAAACGAAGCAUAAGAAAAGCAACUGUUGGACAGGAUUCAAUUCUGUUUGGCAGGAACCCUGCUCUGGAUGUUGUUAUUAGAGGGUCUGUUCCUGGAAAACCUGUGACAUGGUCAGGGCCGGGUUUUGCAAGAGUCCGGAAUGGAGCGGGGUUACGAUUUACAGUCAACAACAUCCCUUUCCUGAUGGAUUUUAAUAUCAUCAUUCGCUAUGAGCCAGAGACUUUAGAAGACUGGAUAGCAAGCAUAGCUGUAAAGACUUCAGGUUCUAGAGAAAGCGAACACUGUGGGAAAACAGCAGCCCUGCAAGAACCACACUCACUUGCUCUACCAUAUACAUCAAGAAUGGAGCUGCUACCGACUGCUGUAUGCUUUGAACCAGGAACAGAAUAUUUUGUAGAUGUCUAUUUUUCCAAGUCUUCUGCUUCUGAUCCAGGGACCCGGUCAUCCAUAUUGAUUGAUUCACUUGGACUUAUUCCUAGAAUCAGUUCAGUGGAAAACCUUUGCAACAAAAAUGAUUUAGAAGAGUACCAGCAGUAUCACUGCAUUGAAAUAGCUUCAGAAAUUGGACCGCAUAUCCUACCAGAAGCAUGUGAAAAACUAAUAGCAAGUCUGUCUGCCCGUAUUCACAAUGGAGCAGUUUCCUGCAGGUGCCAUCCACAAGGGUCAAUAAACUCUAACUGCGAGAAACUUGGAGGUCAAUGUCAAUGCAAACCGAAUGUCAUGGGUCGCUGUUGUGACAAAUGCUCAGCCGGAAGCCAUAGUUUUGGGUCUCAAGGUUGUCUUUCAUGUGACUGCCAUCCUCAAGGAUCCGUGAGUGCUCUGUGUGACCAGGUGACAGGGCAAUGUUCAUGCCGGCCAGAAGCAGAAGGCCGACGGUGCAGUCAAUGCCUGGCUGGAUAUUUUGGAUUUCCCCAUUGUCGGCCUUGCCCUUGCAAUGGCUUUGCGGAACUGUGUGACGUACAGACUGGAGCAUGCUUGGACUGCAGAGGGUUUACAGCUGGAGCCAACUGUGAAAGAUGUGUAGAUGGUUAUUAUGGAAACCCUCUCAAAGGAGAGCCAUGUCGUCCAUGCAUGUGCCCAGAUUCUCCAACAAGCAGUAGGUACUUUGCCCAUUCCUGUUACCAAGAUCCUUGGACUUUGCUAUUAGUCUGCAACUGCCUUGUGGGCUAUUCAGGUGAUCGGUGUGAUGAAUGCCCCGGUGGGUUCUACAGGAAUCCAAAUGCAGUAGCCAGCCAGUGCCUGCCAUGCUCCUGUAAUAAUAAUAUCGAUGUGGCAGAUCCAGACUCCUGCAACAAAGACACUGGGGAGUGUUUGAAAUGCUUGCACAACACCCAUGGACCAAACUGCGAGUUCUGUAAACCGGGUUACUUUGGAUCAGCCCUCCUUCAAAACUGUAGAAAAUGUAACUGCAACCCUUUGGGUGUGGACCCAAUGAAAUGCCCAUCUGGAAACGGCUUCUGCAUGUGUGAUCAGAUGACGGGAAUAUGCCCUUGCUUGCCUCACGUGGUGGGCGCCAAGUGUGACCAGUGUGCUGCUGGCUACUGGAACAUGAUCCAGGGAUCUGGGUGUCGCAUCUGUGACUGCAAUCCAAGACAUUCCCAGAACAACUUGUGUGAUCAGCUCACAGGUCAAUGUCCAUGUAAAGAGGGCUACACUGGAACACGUUGUGACACAUGUGAUGAAAAUUAUUUUGGUGAUUCUCAAAUCCAUUGUUUUUCAUGUAAGUGUAGCAAGGAUGGGACUCUGACACCCGCGUGUGAUAAAGACACUGGAGCUUGCAACUGCCGUGUUGGGGUCACCGGAAGAUUCUGCGACCAGUGUGCUCGGGGCUACAACCAGGAAUUUCCUUCCUGCCGCCGCUGCCACAUUUGUUUUGAUCAGUGGGAUAACACCAUUACUUCCCUGUCUCAGAAAAUCCAAAAAUUAAUGAGGUUUGCCGCAACGCUGGGAGAUAAGAGACAGACAAUGCCUGGCUGUGAUGUUGACCUCAAAGGCCAUGAAGAUACAAUUUAUGAAAUAGAAAGAAUCCUUAAAAGCCCCACCCUGUUGCCAGAGGUGCUGUUGAGCAUGAAGAAGGAACAUGACUACAUUCGACAAAAGGUUUCGCAAAUGCAUCGGCAACCUGACUUUCUGGAUCAGUUCCCUGACCUCAACAGUAUGAUAGAAGGCAUUAGGAAAGAUGCUGACCAUCUGUCUGAAACCCUGCAAAAGAGGUCUGAGCUGCACCAAAGGAAUAAUUACAUGCACCUCCAAGAUUCCCUCAACAAAAUAAAUAACUAUUACCAAAUAAUGUUGUCGGCUGGAGAAAGAAUCAGUGGCUCAAAUUCUGUCCUAACACACGGAGGAAAAACCAGGAAUGAUACAUUUCACAUGUUAGAUGAUCUAGUUUCAAAACAAAGUGCUGCAUUGGGGCAGCUGAAGUUGUUCAACACUUCAGAUAUUCAACAUCUAAAUGAAAAGAUAUGUGGGUUGCCAGGAAGCUUUCCUUGCGGUGUAUCAGAUUGUGGUGGGGCUUUAUGCCGAGAUAGCCAGGGAAACAGACAUUGUGGUGGCCCAAACUGUGAUGGAGCACUCCCUCUUUCUACAAAAGCUUUCAGAGAAGGACGUCAGACAGUCCUGUUGUUAAAGAACUUGACCAACCAAAUGCAAGGAUCUGAAGAUAAGAUUGAAAGCAUAAGGAAAAUGACAGAGGAUACCAUAAAGAAAGCCUUGCUGAUGGACGAAGAGCUGGAGAAAAAUAAAGAUCAAAUAGAAAGGGAAGGAGAAAGCAUCAAAGAGCUCAUCAAGAGAAUGAAGAACUUUCUCUUAGGCAAGUAUGCUUGAAACCCAUUUUUUGAUCCACCUGUCUUAGAUAUAUCUGUAUAUUCAUAUUAUAUAAUAGACCA